CCAAGGUAGACUUUGUGCUUACGUGGCUUUCUGCGCUUUUCCCCAUGCGUUUAUAGUUUUAGUAAAUUAUUGAAUCAUAUGGAUCGUUUUUCUAAUCUAAACUGUGAGUGCAUAUUACUAUUUUUAGUGGAUCUCUAGAUACUGCAACUUGCUGGAACAGACAACUGAAGUAUUUGAUAAAGACUACCUCCCCUCUACAUAUACCAACAACAACGUGUAUUACUGAACAUGCUCUCAAGAUGAUGAAAGUACCCGGAUACACUUCUUGGAAUUCGCGUUCAAAACGAGCAUACAAAUCGACGUCUCGAUCUCCAGAAAAGUUAUCGAGUUGCAUUACCAAAAAUUCCGUGAACAGCAAGUUCAUUCGCCAGUAUCCUUCGCUUCGACGAGUGGAUGGAGAAUCAAUCACAAUAUUGCUAAGGAAGCAUUCUCCAUACGAAAGGGAAGAAAGAGAUCUGGCUGCAGUUUACCGAGCUGCAACACGGACCGACAGUCCUAUGUUCAAAAUACUCAAUGUCUGUGCACCACUAUACAAGUGGGGUGGUGUUUACAAACCAACUAAGGGAUGUAGCACGAUUUGUAAGAAAGAAGGCAUCUGGUGGGAACAGCACUGCCAGACGAUGACUGGAAAAGUGGUUUCUAAUAGCUACUGCAGAAGUCCUCAACCACGCCAAUACCGUACAUGUGUGAAAUCAAAAUGCCGUCAAUACAUGUAGAAAAUGGUUUCUGUUUUUUAAAGAACUAUACAUACUUGCUAAGUCACUACCAUAUCAAGGUCGAAACAUAUAUCAUUCAAUCAUGUACCACAACUAAAAUAGUACCAUGGAGACGAUUAAUUUAUUAGAAGCCCUGUACACCGACUAGCAAGACACAACGUACAUAACAAUUAUAUUCUACCACUUGGACGAGUUACUAACUGAUCAAUACCAACUAAACGCAAUUUCUUGCAGAAAAUUUGCCUAAAGAUCUGUACAUUCAAAUCUAGAUUGUUUCUGCAUUGUAUUUGUAUAUAAUAUUUUUCUGGUAAAUAAAACAUUAUGGUGGACAAUUUGUGUCAGUUGGAAACCAUGUUUAUAUUCCAUUUUAUCUGCUCUCAAAUUAGGAUGAUCUGUCUUCACUGGACAACAUUAUCAUUUAUUUGCUGCAGC